AUGUCGACAGGCGAGGAGCAGGAUGGUGAGGCGGCAGCGCCCAUGUACGUGUAUGAAUCCAAGGUCCACUGUUCCAAUGUGCUGUUGAGCCUGGAGGAGCAGCGGCGGCAGGGCAUCCUGUGCGACGUGACCGUACUGGUGGAGGGAAGGGAGGUGCGCGCACACAGGGCCGUCCUCGCUGCUAGUAGCCGCUACUUCCUGCAGGCCCUGUUGGGGCACAACGGCUCACUGGGCGAAGUGGAGCCAAUCAUUAACCUGCCGGACAAGGUGACAGCUAAGGGUUUUGCUCCACUACUCCAGUUUGCCUACACAGCUAAGCUGGUUUUAAGUCGGGAAAACAUCCACGAGGUCAUCCUGUGUGCUGACUUCCUGGGUGUCCACAACUUGGAGGACUCUUGCUUCCGGUUCCUUCAAGCCCAGCUACAGAAUGACGACCAACACGCCAGUAAUAGCAAGGUGGACUAUGUUGAUGACAUCACGGCCGGGGACACAGUCUUUUCUGAGGCCGUAUCUUUGGAUGAUUCUUCAGAGACAAGGCAGCAGACCAAUCAUGUAGCAAGCACUGCAUCACUUCCCGCUGACCUUUCUCAAUGUCCUAAAUACAGGAAAUAUCAGUACCAGAUCUGUGACACCAAGCACAAUGGAGAAAACCAUCAUGGCAUUGCUGAUGCCAUUUUGGCCAACCGUACCUCAGUCAGCCCUGUGAGCUCACAGCUCGCGGACAGCAGUGCUGCUCCACAAACUCUUCUUACGCCCUCCAGGAUCAAAGAGGAACAGUUCGUGUUCGAGGAAGAAGGAGCUGAAAGGAGUGGUUGCAACCCAGAACUGUGUACUGAGGAGGUACUGGAGAUGGAGCUAGAGGUAGAAGGGGUCCCAGUAGCAGCUGAGCACUCUCCGAGCAGAGGUUCACCCUCUUCCUGUCUGCGCUCCUACCUCCAGAGAGGUGGCCUGGAUCUCAGUGGCGUGCCCAGCACCACCAUCCAGCAGCUACUCACCAACAGACUGUCCCUCAACCACUACAGGGAACUGGUCAAAGACAGGCAGAGGCAUAAGAGGGAAUCUCUGGGUCAAGUGGACCUCAAGACCGGCAUUGCAGAUGUCAUACCAGCAGCGCUGACUGGCAAGAACAUGGAAAGGCCAGUGUCCAAAGCCGCCUCCUCUAAACAUGAGGGGGAGCUAGACAGAUGCAGCGUCAUUUUCUCUUCAGCAGCCGGCGAGCGUCAAAUGCUGGCCCAUUCUUACAUGGAUGACAAGUUCAGAGAAAAAGUCUCGACCCUGAUGCAGGUAGAAGCUCCUUCUUCUGGUCGCUCAUGCCUCACCAGCAGCUGCCCCAUUCCCAUCAAGACAUCAGGCCACUCCCCUCCUCCUGAGCCCAGAACCCAGACCUCCAGCUCCCGUUCAUCAUUCUCUUACCCAGAGGACACAGGCAGUGGUAGCUCACCUUCCAGCCUUCCACAGUUUGACUUCUCCUCAUCCCCGCACUCAGGCUCCACCUCUGGACUGUCUCACUGCCUAGCUGGGGUAGUGGAGCAGAGGAACCCCCACAGCAGAGAGGUGGUCUUCUCUCAGGGUUGCACCAAGAUCAAAAGUGAACAGGGAUUCGGUGCCAGCGGUGGCAACUCCAGCGAUGAAUCAGGCUCUUUCUCAGAGGGGGACAGUGAAAGUGGCAUCUCCAGAGCCUCUGGCCCUGAGGUAAAGCUGCCCUUCCCCGUGGACCAGAUCACCAACCUGCCACGCAAUGACUUCCAGAUCCUCGUCAAGAUGCACAAGCUGACCUCAGAGCAGCUGGAGUUCAUCCACGACAUCCGCCGCCGCAGCAAAAACCGCAUCGCUGCCCAGCGCUGUCGCAAGCGGAAGCUGGACUGCAUCCAGAACCUGGAGAGCGAGAUCCGCAAACUGGUGUGUGAGAAGGAGAAGCUGCUGAGCGAGCGCAACCAGCUGAAGGUUUGUAUGUCAGAGCUGUGGCAGAACCUCUCCUUCCUCUCCCAGCAAGUGUGCCGGGAGGUGCAGGGCAGCCAGCCCCCCGCCGUCUCCGCCAGCAUCGACCUCACGUCCAACCCGCCGUCGCCCUCUUCUGACGAGGGCUCGUCCCGGCCCAGGUUGCCCGUGUCGCGGCAGAGCAACGCCGCGUAUCUGUCCGACGUGGGUCCCGGUCAGGGGGGGGCGGAGGCGUCGGGUCUGGAGCGGGAGAACCCAGAGUGCCCGCCGGUGCUCGGAUCCACUGAGGAAGUAUGUAGCCCCACUGUAACAGUGGAUUUCUGUCAGGAAAUGACUGAGAAAUGCACAACGGAGGAGCAGAAGAGACAGGCCUGUGCUUAGAGUCCGGAGGCGAACACUUUGCUCUGUGACACACUCGUACUUGUCUAUACCUUGAUAUUUGAAGUAUUUUUUUCUUUUUGUAACGGAUGACACAAGUGUUGUCUUAUCAGCAAUACUGUUCAAUAGG